CAACCACAGCGAGACGAAGACGGCAUAUCUCGAUUUCGCGGUUUAGAUUCGUACCGGAGAGAGGAUGGAAACUUCGCUGCUCCGGUGUUCCGUGAGUUUUUCGGGCCAAAUUCUCCGGAGGAAACUCCAUCCUCACCACAAAGUAGAAGCUGUGAUCGCGAGAUCAGAAUCGAAUUCCGGAGGAUGCGAAGGCGAGUCGUGUGCUAGGGUUUUGAGCAGAAGGUUGGCAAUGGCGUCUGGAUUGUCACUGGUUUUGUCGACAGUUCUGGGGUAUCCGGGGGAAGGAUUUGCUGUCGUGAAACAGGGACUUCUUGCCGGGAGAAUCCCUGGUCUGUCUGAACCCGAUGAAGAAGGUUGGAGGACAUACCGUAGACCGGAUGAGAAGUCAGGAGGGCAUGGUGUUGGUUGGAGUCCCAUAAUCCCUUAUGCUUUCUCAGUUCCUCAGGAUUGGGAAGAGGUACCGGUAUCGAUAGCUGAUCUCGGUGGCACCGAGAUUGACCUGAGAUUCGCUAGCCCUAAAGAAGGCCGAUUGUUUGUCAUCGUGGCUCCUGUUCUAAGAUUUGCAGAUAACCUCGGUGAUGAUGCUACGAUCGAAAAGAUUGGACCGCCGGAGAAGGUGAUAAGCGCCUUUGGACCGGAAGUUAUCGGAGAAAAUGUGGAAGGGAAGGUAUUAAGUUCAAGCGUAGCGGAACACUCAGGGAGAACAUAUUACCAAUUCGAACUAGAGCCUCCUCAUGUACUGAUAACCGCAACUGCUGCUGGAAAUCGCCUUUACUUGUUCAGCGUCACCGGAAGUGGACUUCAAUGGAAGAGGCACUACAAAGAUCUGAAGAAGAUAGCCGACUCCUUUCGUGUUGUUUAGAAUCAGUCCUUGCAAGGCAGAUUAAUGUGGUCAAUCUUAUCCAAACUCGUGGAUAUUAUAAUGAUCGAUGGAUCGUGAGAAGUCGAGAGAGAGCCCUUCACUAGAGGGCAGGUCAGCAUACACUUCAAUACGCUUCUCUUUCAAUUGCUUGUUCCUUUUCCCAUCAUUAUCUUAAUUUCUGUUUUGUAAUUAAAAAAAAAACGUUAGUAAAAGUUGAAUUGGAGAAGAAUUGAAACGGAGAAAAUGGAAUGAAUAUGAUUCAUAAAAAAAAUGUUCGAAUAAAAUAAAUCAGAAAAUA